UCAAAAAUCGCGUGACGUCAUUUAUGGACGGCCCCUUACGUGUAAAAUUAAAAGGAGCGCACCAGGUAGUAAUCGUCACGUGAUGUUAGUGGCCGCGAGGGAUAAUUGGAACUCUGCUCUGUGUGCAGGGGUCGAACCCGCAGCGCGCUAACCGCUGCGCCACCGCUCCCCACAGAACCCCUCCCACGUGGUGACUCCUCCUCCCACGUGGUGACCCCUCCUCCCACGUGGUGACCCCUCCUCCCACGUGAUGACUCCUCCUCCCACGUGAUGACUCCUCCUCCCACGUGAUGACUCCUCCGCCCACGUGGGGUCUCAGCACGCGGGAGUCGCGGCGGAAGGCGGCGAGGAGACCCCCUCCCCCGGCCUCCUCUAUCCCCCGCUGGACGAGGGCCUCUUUCCCGCGGCAGUGCGAGUCCCAGCGAGCGAGCGAGUGGUGAGUGUGCAGGGGGCAGGCAGUGCGAGUCCCAGCGAGCGAGCGGGACGGCCACGGACCGCAUGGCGACUCCGGUCCCCGUCUUGAGGUUGCCCCUCGGCCCCAACGGCGGCAAAGGCUUCGACCCGAACUCCGCGCGCUUCCGCGCCCUGCACCGCGUCGCUUCUUCGCACGAGACGGGCACCUCCUGCUCCUCCUCGGCGGCUCACUCCUCGUUAGUGUGCCGGGAGCAGGCGGCCCGCGCCCAGCUGCGCGAGAGGUUCCUGCUGGGGCUGGGCGCCGCGUGCGGGGGGCCCGCGCGGUUCCGCCUCUUCUCGCGCCCGGAGCGGCUCCCCGCGGUGCUGCGCGCCUGCGACCUCGAGCUGCUGAGCCUCCUCGUGUCGGCGCUCGGCACCCCGCUGGGCGUGCAGGAGAGCGCCCUGCUGCGCAGCAGCGACGUGCUCCACUUCUCCUGCGCUGUGCCCGCAGCGCUGCCCCGCGCGCCGGAGCGUACCGAGGGAGCAGGGGACGAGGCCGCCGCGCUUGCUUGAGGGGGACGCUGCCGCUUGGUGACGCCAGGGACGUGUUGGAUUGUUGAGAGGCGUCACGAACAGGGAGAGAUGUUAACACAUUCCUGCGGAGGGAGCUGGUAGGAACGUUGGGUUGCUCGGUCAAUGGCCAGGGUCAACGGCGGCGUGGUGUAUUCCACAAAUAUGCCCGACUGUGAGGGCGGGCACAAGCCGGCGUGAGUAGGUUAAAUGUUGAGUUUUAUAAGGGCACCACGGGGUGACCAGCUCCUCCCCACCCAGCCCCACCCUCCCCACCCAGCCCCUCCCCACCCUCCCCUCCCAGCCCCUCCCUCCCCACCCAGCCCGUCCCUCCCCACCCAGCCCCUCCCUGCACGACGGACGGACACAAUAAUCCCCUGUGGGCUGGUGGAACCAGUGGGUUCCUACCAGUUUGAAUGCUGUGAUGAACGCUGAGAGAUGUGACGAACAGGGAGAGACUUGAUGGCAUGCUGGACUCUUGAUGGACGUAAUGUACUUCUGUGCUGGUAAAACAUUUGAGAGACGUGCUGCACGUCUGAGACUCGAUGGGACUGUGAACUUGAGUGACGUGAUGGACAGAGCCGUCAUGACUUACUGGACUCUUGAGAGACGUUAUGAGGCGUGCGAGAGGUGUAUGGGCCUUUGAGACGUGUCGGAUGUGACGUCAGGAUUAACCUAUGGCACUUGUUCUGCAUAGCACGCAUCACACGUGGAACGAUGUUGGGUCUGCACCACAUUCAUCAUCCGUUCCUGAAAAGCUCCCCAGCACACGGAGCGAAACGUCGGACAUCGUGCCGAACAACACGAAGCACCGGCACAACCGCAAAAACGCCACGCGGCUCUGUCCGUCCCGUUGACGGAGUCGCUCCGUUCCAAGCCUUCCUCGAUCCCUGCUGCUGGUCGCGAGAUGAGAUGGACUCUCCCAAGCCACGGGCAAAGGUCCCCUGUGUAGCCUUCGCUGGCUGCUGGGGCAAGUGCUAGUCUCCGGCAGUUCUUGCAAGGAGCCGUCUCUCACACAGCCCAGUCCAAGCAGCAGUAGCAGCAGCAGCAGCGUCGUGAACCCACAGUCCUUUGCUGGGCCGAGUCUCGUGUUCUCCCCGUGUCCAGGCAGCCUGCGGGGUUUCUGUGGGGGGGGGGGGGGCCCUCGCUCUAUGGGUUGGAGGACCCCCACCACACCACCUUGUGCUCCCCCCCCCACCCCCACAGUCUCUGCAAGGGUGGAUUUGGUGGAGUGAAUCAUGAUCACCAGACAUGUUUCUUGUCUUUUUUUUUUUUACACGCAACGAAAGUGAUAAAUAAAUUGUGGGCACAAGCUUUUGAUGGAAAGGUUUAUUAUAUUAAUAUUUAACGUUCAAUAACUUUAGUUUUUACAUUAGUGCGAGUAUUUCAUUCCCGCUGCAAAUAUUUUGAAUCGGCUUUACUGCGUCUCUUGUGUUAUUCACUGCCGGUCACACCGCGCCGGUUUCAGCUGCCUCCCACCCCCCCAUCAACUCCCCACAUUCAUCUACCACCUACCCCUUACCCCACAUUUCUGUUUUGAUUUCACCAGCAUUUCCCAACUCGAGGAAUGCAAAGAGUUUAACAAAAUAACACACAUAUAUAUAUAAGAACAGCGAGGUGAACAUACAUCACAGGUCAUUACAGAGCUCACCACUGACCAUCCAUCGGAGGUACCUGGUUCCUUCUGUCACAACAUUGAGACUGCCCGACACACGCACGCAAAUUAAAGUCAUUGCAACGCACGCGUUUCUCCCCCUUUUGCAGGUCACCUGGAAUGGGCCCGACCUUAACAGACCUCAAAGCCUGAGACGGUCACGUACCCGCACCCACCGUGCACCGUAGCCACUAUGGGCUGGGCCACGUGGUGGGCAAACAGGGCAGUGCAGAAAAAGCCUUUCUUGUUCUGUACUUAUACGCUCCCAUAUCCACGCUUCCCCAACCGUCGCCAAACCAAGAUGACCAAAUAACCCCCACGGAGUCGGGGUAACCCGGUUCCAGCAGUGGAGCGAAGCAAGGCUGUAGGUUUCGUUUAACACCACCUCCUACGGCGGGUCACCCGUGUGACCCCUGUCACCCGUGUGACCCCUGUCACCCGGGUGA